GGAACUGUUACACUGACAUCAGGGCGGUUGCCAUUGGGCGUGCGCGUCAUGAUGGCCAAGUCGUGGAUUACCCCUUGACGCCGGAUCCUAUGAGUAGAUCCGCAAGUGUCCACUCAGAUACUGACAGCACACCUGCCCUGUGAGAUUUAAGCUGACCUGCACCUCCCUCGAAUAUGCAAUCUUCAAGACUACUUAGGCCUGCUCUCGUACUACAAAACACUGCGAGACAAACACCACAUUUACGAACUAUUGCAACAAGGCUGUCUACCAGACCUUUUUCUACUGAGAACAGCGACCGACUGAAAGGCCCAGUAUCAACAGAGUCACAAAUACCCGGCAUGGAGGCCAUCAAGAACACUAUCGCCGAGAAUCUCGGCAAGAUUAUCCCUGGCAAUGAGCUCGCAUCUGCGGAAAAUCAAUUCUCGCUUGAUGCCGUCCCAGAUUUGUCUGGCAAAGUCGCAGUGGUGACCGGAGGCUCAGAAGGCAUCGGCUAUGGCUGCACACACACCUUGCUGAAGAAGAACGUGAAGAAGCUCUUCAUCCUCUCUCAGUCGGAUGACAUCGCCGCAGAUGCCAUCAAAGCCAUCAAGGAAGAGAUGGGCGAGGAGACAGGCAACCGCGUAGUAUGGAUGAAGUGCGACCUGUCCGACUGGGAAGAAACCGGCCGCACAGCAUUCAAGAUCGCUGAACAGACAGAUCGCAUCGAUAUCCUGAUCAACAACGCCGCGCGCGGAAUCAUGACCUACCAGCUGGCCAGAAACGGCGUCGACCUACACAUGGCGAUCAACCAUUUCGGCCACGUAGUCCUGACUUCGCACCUGCUGCCCAUUUUGAAGGAGACCGCAAAGAAAGGCAAGGUCCGCAUCGUAUGCACAUCCUCAAACCUGCACGAGCAAACACCCUCCGACACACAGUUCGCGUCCAUCGACGAACUCAAUACGGACUUGGGCGCACAACCCCAAUACGCGCGCUCUAAGCUCGCCGCGCUUCUCUACACGAAAUAUCUCUCCCGCCACCUGACUCCCCAACACCCCAACAUCCUCGCCAAUGCAAUUCACCCUGGCAUCGUCGAAACCCGACAAAGCACUGAGCACAUCCACGAAGCGUUCCCGCUGGGCGGAUACGCCAUGUCCGUCGGAAUGGCGCCGUUCAAGAAGACGCAGUUUGAGGGCGCGGUGAGCACAAUGUACGCGGCGACUAUGACGGAGAAGAGCGGACAGUACAUUUGUCCUCCGGCGAUCGUGGAGAAGGGGAGUGACAAGGCGAAUGAUGUGGAGCUGGGCGAGAGGCUGAUGGAUUUGACCUGGAAGGUGGUCAAGGAGAAGACGAAGAGUCAGAGUGCGGAUAAGGGGUGUCCUUUCAGGGAGUCGUAGAGGGUGAGCCAGAGCUACACCAGUCAAUGGUGUAAUACCACGCAUAUUUCCACGCUGGCUGAGGGGCACUUGAUGCUGUGGUUUGUGGGUUAAAGUUUUGUCUAUGCGCUUUUCAGACUCGUGAUUGUAAAGGCUAACGUGCAUGAGAACGUG